UGCAGACUUCUUAUUUAGGAAAACCAUAAAUAUUACAUAAUGGAUCCAAUUGUAAAGGUGUCCUGACUAGUCGACUUCUGAAUCCCCAUGCGCUCGUGGACCCGACCUGCUCUUCGGUUCCUUUCAACAUCCUCUCUCAACCUGGAGGCUCUCGAUGCCUGGAUAGCAUCCCCGAAAUCACUUGCGCUCACCGAUGCCUUUCAUUCUAGUCACCUUUCAGAUCUCUACAUCACUCUUCCCACUCGCGACGGCACGCGUGGUCGUCCGUUUGCACACCCUAUAGAAGGUACACCUCUCGGAUAUGGACACCACCUUGCCUUCUUCCACCCGCGUAAUCCUGAGACAUUACUGCGUACCGAUGGGACAGACGCCGACUUCUGUCCGCCUGAACCAUUCACACGCCGGAUGUGGGCGGGUGGAACCAUGACAUGGAACAAGGAAAGAAAAUUGAAAGUAGGAGAGAAAGCAACUGCAGUGUCUACUGUGGCCAAGGUCGAGAAGAAAGGAUUUGAGGUCGGGAAGCCGAUGAUAUUCGUCAAACAGAGAAUUGAAGUGACUGUGGAAGGACAAGGCGAACCUGGGAUGGUGGAGGAACGAGCGCAUGUCUACCAACCAUUUGUAGCUAGUAUAGGGAGCCGCGUACCCCGUCAAGUGACCGAUCUCCCAAAGUCUGAGUUUUCGUUGUCGUACACUCCGACCCUGACGACGCUAUUCCGUUUUUCUGCCCUCACAUUCAACGGGCAUCACAUACACUUGGACAAGGAUUAUGCGCAGAAAGUCGAAGGAUAUCCAGAAAGACUCGUUCAUGGGCCCCUGACAGCCCUUAUGCUUCUAGAGUGUCUCAUUUACCACCGACCAAGGGCCAAAUUGCGCACCUUCAGCUAUCGCGCACACAAUCCAAUUUUUGUGAAUCGUGCCGUAACGAUACAUGGUGCUAUUGUGGCAAAAGACAAAGCGGAAUUGUGGUGCGAAAACGAUGAAGGGGUUGUCGGCAUGACUGGCGUUAUUCAGUUCGACGAAUAGAUCUGCGACAUCGUCGUGUCAAACCUCUGUUCGUAGCCUUCUCGGGCAUAUCGACAACGUCAGACUCGUACAACGCCAACGAUGAUAGCUGUUUGUGUAGGCAAUGACGUUGGCAUAGAAGUUCAGAUGAUGUCGGAUGAGCAAUGUGUUUAUGUUGGCUCGAUGUUACAUACUCUUGCACUACGGACGCAAUCACAUAUAACGCAU